AUGGUUGAACAAUGCAAUCCAAGUCUGUGGAACGACACAACAGAAAAGCUCUUACUGCACAUAUUUAAAGUAGUAGACUCCGGUAAACCCCAGAAAUGUAAAUGGAAGACAGUUGCACUGAAGGUUAAUGAAUAUGGCUACAAUUUUAAUGCUGAGCAGUGCCGCUUAAAAGUAAAAUCUCUAAAACAGAAAUAUGACAGAAACAAGAAAAAAAUGAAGAAAUUUGGUGAAUCACCACCCUCUGAAGAUGAUCUGUCCGAAGUUGAAUCUGUGUUUGAUUCUUUGCCCGAUAUGAGACCGACUUUUACCAUUGACUCAGGUGACACCUCUACAAAGAAGAAGAAGAAUCAGAAAAGAUCAAUUGAUCAUAUGCUGGAUUAUUUGGAAGUUAACUUCGAGAAAAGGGAGGCCGAGGCCAAGAAAAGACACAGUGAGAAGAUGGAGCUAUUUGGUUGGUGUAUUGAAGGACGUAGCCAAAAAAUAAAAAUACAGUGA